GACAUAAACGUAACGUUUCAGACCCACUCGUCUCCUUCCUUUUUAUGUUUCCAUCUCUUUCUCUUACAAUGGAGGAGACACGACCAUCCUCACCUGCGAUGAAUCUUGAUCUCGACAAACUCAAAGCUCUCAAACUCCUCGGUAAAGGCGCAACUGGAACAGUCUUACUUGUCCACGACUCUGUUUCCGACUCCUCUGUUUCUUCACCAUUCGCUCUUAAACUCGUCGACAAAUCCUCUGCCUCUUCUCUCCGCCGUGCACGGUGGGAGAUUCAGAUCCUCCGACGUCUCUCCCAUGACACAAACACAAACCCAUUUCUCCCGAGACUCUUGGCUUCCUCAGAGUCCCCUGACUUCAUCGCAUGGGCUUUACCUUACUGCUCCGGCGGCGAUUUAAACGUCCUCCGUCAACGUCAAAACGACGGCGUUUUCAGCUCCUCCGUUAUUAAAUUCUACUUAGCUGAGAUCGUCAGUGCGCUUGACCACCUUCAUACCAUAGGCAUCGCUUACAGAGACUUGAAACCUGAGAAUAUACUUCUUCAAGAAUCGGGUCACGUCACGUUAACCGAUUUUGAUCUCUCUUGUAGUCUCACUAAACCCACCCGACCCGAAUUCUAUCUAUCCGAACCGGAACCGGAUCCGAAUCACAAGAAAAGUCUGAGUUUUUUCCGGCAGAAGAAGAAAAAGAAGACGACGAAAUUAGCUAGGGUUAACCCGAUUACACGCCGGAGACUGAGUUUUACCGGCGGGGAAAGAUCGAAUUCCUUCGUCGGAACCGAUGAGUACAUAUCUCCGGAGGUAAUUCGCGGCGACGGACACGAUUUCUCCGUCGACUGGUGGGCGCUCGGAGUUUUAACGUACGAGAUGAUGUACGGCGAGACACCGUUCAAAGGAAGAUGCAAAAAGGAGACUUUUCGUAACGUGCUGAUGAAGGAACCCGAAUUCGCCGGAAAACCGUCGGAUUUAACCGAUUUGAUCCGUCAUUUGCUGGCGAAAGAUCCGAUGAAACGGUUAGGAUUCCGGCGAGGCGCGGCGGAGAUAAAGGAGCACGCUUUUUUCAAAGGAGUGAGGUGGGAUUUGUUGACAGAAGUGUUGAGACCUCCGUUUAUUCCGUUGAGAGAUGACGGAGAGUUGACGGCAAAAGUAACGGAGGGAAGUGGGUUUGGUGUAAAGGAAUAUUUCGAGAAACUGAGAACGCCGCCACAACCGUUACCGUUAACGCACGAGUGCUCUGAAAACAAUCCCUUUGCUGAUUUCUGAUCCACGCGUGCGAGAAUCUAACACACGUUUAAUAGUAUUUUACAGAUUCUCUUUUUUUUUUGUUUAUCUAAAUAGCUUUUCUGAUUUUGAGGUGUAUAAAAAAUAAUUUGUUAGAACGAAAAUCAAGAACAACAAAAGUGAUUAUGAAACAACAAUAAUAUUAGCAAUAUGUUAACAUGCCAUCUAAUAAUAGUGAUCAAUAUGUUUA